GAGCCCCUCCCGCUCCUGGGACAGAAGUGUCGCUGCCAUCCAGUGAAGGAUUUCUCCUCUCAGCUGUGGGGUGUAAGGAGGAGAGGAAGCAAAGAUGCCUAAACCAAUUAAUGUUCGUGUAACCACCAUGGAUGCAGAGCUGGAGUUCGCCAUCCAGCCUAACACCACAGGAAAACAGCUCUUUGACCAGGUGGUGAAGACGGUGGGGCUGCGGGAGGUGUGGUUCUUCGGCCUGCAGUAUGUGGACAGUAAAGGUUACACCACCUGGCUCAAGCUCAACAAAAAGGUGACCCAGCAAGAUGUGAAAAAGGAAAACCCUCUGCAGUUCAAGUUCAGAGCCAAAUUCUUCCCUGAAGACGUCUCGGAGGAAUUAAUCCAGGACAUCACACAGAGACUUUUCUUCUUACAGGUCAAAGAGGCCAUUCUGAACGAUGAGAACUACUGUCCCCCAGAGACCGCCGUGCUGCUGGCUUCAUACGCUGUCCAGGCCAAAUAUGAAGACUUCUCCAAAGAUGUCCACAAGCCUGGGUACCUGACCCACGACAGACUUCUGCCUCAGAGAGUUCUGGAGCAGCACAAGCUGACGAAGGAGCAGUGGGAAGACCGGAUACAGACCUGGCAUGAAGAGCACAAAGGGAUGCUCAGAGAGGACUCCAUGAUGGAGUACCUGAAGAUCGCCCAAGACCUGGAGAUGUAUGGAGUCAACUACUUCGAGAUCAAAAACAAGAAGGGCUCGCAGCUGUGGCUCGGCGUGGACGCUCUUGGUCUCAACAUUUACGAGCACGAGGACAAACUGACGCCGAAGAUCGGUUUUCCCUGGAGCGAGAUUCGAAACAUCUCGUUCAACGACAAGAAGUUCGUCAUCAAACCCAUCGACAAAAAAGCUCCCGACUUUGUGUUUUACGCCCCUCGGCUGCGCAUCAACAAGCGCAUCUUGGCGCUGUGCAUGGGUAACCACGAGCUGUACAUGAGGAGGAGGAAGCCCGACACCAUCGAGGUGCAGCAGAUGAAAGCUCAGGCCAGAGAAGAGAAGCACCACAAGCAGAUGGAGAGAGCGCAGCUGGAGAAUGAAAAGAAGAAGCGGGAGCUUGCGGAGAAGGAGAAGGAAAGGAUAGAGCGCGAGAAAGAGGAGCUGAUGGAGAGGCUUCGGCAGAUUGAAGAGCAGACGACGAGAGCUCAGAGAGAGCUGGAGGAGCAGACCCACCGAGCCUUGGAGCUGGAGCAGGAGCGAAGGAAGGCCCGGGAGGAAGCCGAGAGGCUGGAGAGAGACCGGCGAGCGGCCGAGGAGGCCAAGGCAGAGCUGGCCAGACAGGCUGCAGACCAGCAGAAGACCCAGGAGCAACUGGCUUCUGAGCUGGCUGAGUUCACGGCAAAGAUCACUCUUCUGGAAGAAGCCAAGAGGAAGAAGGACGAGGAGGCCACAGAGUGGCAGCACAAGGCUCUGACUGCUCAGGAAGACCUGGAGAAGACCAAGGAGGAGCUGAAGACCGCCAUGACAGCGGUGCCGGCUCCUCCGGGGGGCCAGGCCGAGCACGACGAGCAGGACGAGAACCACGCGGAGGCCAGUGCCGAGCUUUCGAACGAGGGCGUCAGCCAGGUGGACCUCCGCAGCGAGGAGGAGCGCGUCACCGAGGCUCAGAAGAACGAGAGGGUGAAGCAGCAGCUGCAGACGUUGAGCUCGGAGCUGGCCGAGGCCAGAGACGAAACCAAGAAGACGCAGAACGACGUGCUGCACGCCGAGAACGUAAAGGCGGGCCGAGACAAGUACAAAACGCUGCGGCAGAUCCGGCAGGGCAACACGAAGCAGCGCAUCGACGAGUUCGAGUCCAUGUGAGCACGCUGCCAUCACUUUUAGGUUUUUUAUUUUCAGGAGGAGCUCCUGAACUUUACCCCAAACGACUCCGGCUUCUUGGCUUCUUUUAUUUUGACACAUCUUCGGCUCCCCCUGCUGAUCUGGUAAACUCGUCUAACUUUGCCAAACCCCUGUUCCACACACGGAAAAUCUGAAUUUCUCCUCGACGCGGAGCUGCAAACAGAACAAUUACCAAUCCUCUGCAGUCUGAACGGGAAACCGUCAAACCAAACAGAUGUAUUUUUUUUAUUUCUUGGAUCGGGAGCGCUCACGGCCAUAGAAAAGCUCCCUUUUUGUUUCCCAACGUUCUCCACGUU